UGUGUGUGUGUGUGUGUGUGUGUGUUCAGUCUCAGAGGAAGAGGAGGACAGCAGGAAGUCCUCUGGUGUCCAGACCAAACUCCAAGACCAGCAGAGGGACGAACGCCAGGAGGCCGACCAACAGAGCAGCUAACAGGCCAACUAACGUCAGCAGGACGUCUGAUGGUGACCCCGCCCCCCCCACAGAGACCGUCGACGUGAUGGACAACACCGAGGACAGUGUGGAGGAGGUGGUGGAUCUGACCUGUGAGGGAUCAGAAGCUGCUGUGGUCGACCUGACCAGCAACGACUCCGUACUGCUGGUGGACGAAGGUCCUCAGAACAGCAGAGUCACCACAGCUGAGAGUUACGUCGUCAGCAGCGAUGAAGACGAGGACACACCCCGUGUCCUCAACACGGCAAUAAUGUCCUCUGUACAGAACAACAGCUCUUCCAGGUCGACUCCAGGGACGAUCAGCUGUCCCGUCUGUCUGGACUCGUACUCUGAGAUUGUAGAGAGCGGCCGAUUGGUCGUUUCCACGAAAUGUGGUCACGUGUUCUGCAGCCAGUGUCUGCGAGACGCUCUGAAGUCAUCACAUACCUGUCCGACCUGCAGGAAGAGACUGACCCCUCGCCAGUACCACCCCCUCUACAUCUGACAUCACUAUGACAUCACCACACACCUGUACCACCCCC